AUAUGAAACUCCAUGUUCAUAGGUAGGUUUUUGAGUUACAGAAAUUGAGUUGAGUUGAAAUGGAAAACAAAAAUGGUGAUAAUCGGAAUCACUUUUCUUCUCCGGUGGUGAAACUGAGUGAUUGUUUCUCGGAGCUUGUCAAAUUCACCCUCACUUCCCACUCUCACCUUCUCAAUCUUGAAACCAACUUCUGCUCCACUCUCCUCAAACAAGACAAUGCUUCUUCCUCUUCUUCUUAUUUCGAAUCUUUUUUGGAAGGUGUUCCACAGUAUCCUCUGUACAACCGUCUUGCUUCAGCUCUGUUAAGGUGUAUGGAUUCUCAAGGAUUUUGUAGUACAGGCUGCAAUAUAGAAAUGAUGAACAAUAAAUUUGAGAAUUCUUCCAUGCAGCAAAAACACAAUGAAUGGCAGAAUUUGAUUAUAGAGAAGGGGUCUGAAAUAGUGAAUCAGAUUUUGAAGACUGUUUCCUUUCAACUACAUGUUCAAGAGCCUUUUUUUACACAACUAAAAGAUGGCCUGAAAACAAUUGAGGGGAGGUGUGCCAGUGCCAAAUACAACAGGAUUGAAUUAGGAAAUCUGAUUCUCUUAAAUAAGUCUUUGGUGUUUGAAGUUCAGGGAGUAAGGCGGUAUCCUUCAUUCUUUGACAUGUUGGAGACAGAAGGCCUUGGAAAAGUUCUUCCAGGAGUUGAAAGUGUUGAAGAAGGUGUGAAGAUCUAUAGGAGGUUUUACACAGAAGAGAUGGAACAAGCAAAUGGCGUACUUGCAAUCAGUGUUUCAAAACUCUCGUUUCAACCAUGCACUUCAUUGGCUAGCUUAUUUUCUGAAUUAAGUUAUGCGGGUGUACAAGGCCUUCUCGGUCUAAUGCAUACCACUGGGACAGUUCCUGAUGCACUUCCGCCACCAAGAUCAACUCUGUUAGCAUCAUUUAAUUUCCCAUGCAAUCCAAACGAAAAGUCCUUGACUCAUGGAGCUCGGGCAUUGGCCAAGCAUGCCGGUAGAAGUAGCAGUGGUUAUUGGGGUUCUUUGGUUGGGAAUGAUUCUAAUAAAAAUAGGCUUGCAAUGGACGUUAUUAACAACUUAAUAGCACAUUGCUGUUGGAUGAAUAUACACAUUGUCCCGCCACAUGGAGUUGUCUUUGAAAUAAGAGUUGCUGAUGGAUAUGGUGCUCGUUGGAAUGAAGAUGGAAGUAAGUUUAUUGGAUUUUUAGAGCCAUACAUGCAAGAUGGUCACUCGAAAGGGUGGAAGCAUUAGUUCUGCUAGCCAGUUUUACCAAGACCAUAGCAGCCAGCAACACCUAUGUAAUUGAAUACCACUUUUUCAUUUUAGCUUGUGAUUAUGUGUAUUAUUUGUAUUUUUGUCUCUACUUUUUGGCAUUGCGAUUUAGGAUUGUGUUAAGAGUAAGUAAUUAGGUGAAAUAACUUUGCAUAAAUAAGUUGUACUUCAAAAGAGGAGGAUGAUUUCAAAUUUCGUAGUAUAAGGAGUGCUCUUCGGGUCAAAACCAUACCAAAUGUUAUGUCAUGAAUCAUUUGUAAUGGCUAUUAUGUCAGAUUUUGACAUGAUGCUUGGAUCCUAGGAUUUGACAACUUAUGAUACAUGAUAAUUGUUCCUUA